UGCCGUUAGUAUUGUAUAGUUUCCGCUGUCUUCACGUUAAUGUUGUAAUAGUAUUGCGGGUUUUGCAUUGAUCCGGAGGAUCCAGCUGUCAUUUCUGUCACAUUUCUGCCUGUCAGGAUGAUCCCGACCGAAGACGCGUCCGCUCGGAAGCGGGAGAUCGAGGACAAACUCAAACAGGAACAAGAAACUCUGUCUUUCAUUCGUGAAAGUCUGGAGAAGAGUGAUCAACUCACUAAAGGAAUGGUGUCCAUCCUGUCCUCGUUCGAGAGCCGUCUGAUGCAGCUGGAGAACUCCAUCAUCCCGGUCCAUAAGCAGACGGAGAAUCUGCAGCGACUGCAGGAGAACGUGGACAAAACUCUCUCCUGCAUGGAUCACGUCAUCAGUUAUUAUCACGUGGCCAAAGACACCGAUAAGAUCAUCCGGGAAGGGCCUGCAGGUCGUCUGGACGAGUAUCUGGCCUGCAUUGCAAAGAUCCAGAAAGCCGUGGAGUAUUUUCAGGACAACAAUCCCGACAGUCCCGAGCUCAACACAGUGAAAGCACGCUUCGAGAAGGGGAAGGAGCUGCUGGAGGCGGAGUUUCGCAGCCUGCUGACGCGCUACAGCAAGCCAGUGCCGCCCGUCCUCAUCCUGGACGCCAUCGGAGGAGACGAGGACAUGGAGGUGCAGGAGGACGUGACGCUGGAGCACCUGCCCGAAGCCGUCCUGCAGGACAUCAUCUGCAUCUCUGCCUGGCUGGUGGAGUACGGACGCAACCAAGACUUCAUGAACGUGUAUUUCCAGGUCCGGUCCAGUCAGCUGGAUCGGUCCAUUAAGGGUCUAAAGGAGCAUUUCCGUAAGAACAGCGCCACCUCUGCCAUCCACUCGCCUGCCGUACAGACCAAACGCAAGGAGACGCCCACCAAGAAGCCUCCUAAAAGACCAGUCUACAUUCCAGGCACGAUUCGUAAGGCUCAGAAUCUGCUCAAACAGUACUCUCAGCAUGGCCUGGACGGAAAAAAGGGUUCUAACCUCACUCCUCUGGAAGGUUUCGAUCAUGACCUGCGUGGGGUUAAGCACCUGUCUGACGACAAGCAUGGGGCGACUACAGGGAAGGAUGACGUGUUGGACGUCGAGAUCGAUUCGUACAUCCACUGCAUCAGCGCGUUUGUGAAGCUGGCUCAGAGCGAAUACGCGUUACUGACCGAGAUCAUUCCAGAACAUCACCAGAAGAAGACCUUCGACUCGCUCAUACAGGAGGCGUUGGAUAAUCUGAUGCUUGAGGGUGAUAACAUCGUGUCAGCGGCGCGUCGAGCCAUCAUGAGACACGAUUACUCCGCUGUGCUGACCAUCUUCCCCAUCCUGCGCCACCUCAAGCAGACCAAACCAGACUUUGACACCACGCUACAGGGAACGGCUGCCAGCACCAAGAACAAGCUCCCAGCUCUCAUCACCUCUAUGGAGACCAUCGGAGCUAAAGCGCUGGAGGAGUUUGCUGACAGCAUUAAGAAUGAUCCAGAUAAAGAGUACAACAUGCCGAAAGAUGGAACCGUACAUGAGCUCACAAGCAAUGCCAUCCUGUUCCUGCAGCAGCUGCUGGAUUUCCAGGAAACCGCAGGAGCGAUGCUGGCCUCUCAGGUACUCGGGGACACUUACAAUAUUCCUUUAGACCCCCGAGAGAGCAGCUCGUCCGCCAGCAGCUACAGUUCAGAGUUCAGCCGGAGACUCCUGAGCACAUACAUCUAUAAAGUCCUCGGUAACCUGCAGCUGAAUCUGUCAAAUAAAGCUAAAGUGUAUGAAGAUCCGGCCCUGCGCGCCAUCUUCCUUCACAACAACUACAACUACAUCCUCAAAUCCCUGGAGAAGUCUGAGCUGAUUCAGCUGGUCGCUGUGACCCAUAAGAAGGUGGAGGGUUCGUACAGAGAGCUCAUCGAGCAGGAGAUCCAGAAUUACCAGCGCAGCUGGCUGAGGGUCACAGAGCAUCUGACAGAGAGAAACAUGCCAGCUUUCCAGCCUGGAACCAAACUCAAAGACAAGGAACGACAGAUCAUCAAGGACAAGUUCAAGGGUUUUAAUGAUGGUCUGGAGGAGCUGUGUAAGAUCCAGCAGGGCUGGGCAGUUCCUGAUAAAGAGCAGCGGGACGCCAUCCGUCAGGCUGAGAAGAGAGUGGUUUCAGAGACGUACAGAGCCUUCCUACAGCGAUGCGCCAACAUCUCAUUCACCAAAAACCCAGAGAAGUACCACCGCUACUCACCGGAGCAGGUCGGGGAGAUGAUUGACAAGCUCUUUGACACUUCAGCCUAGGCCACGCCCAUCCCGUCACCAUAGCAACGGAGUCUCUGGUUUCCUUGGAGACAAACAUACUGCUUUCUCCUGUAAGACGGUCUGCUUCAUAACACACUACACAACUGGAACGUCUUUGUUCGUUUUUGCUUGCUUUUUGUAUAAAUGUAUUUAUGUAUAUGUUUUUUGGGGGAUUUAACUGCAGUAAAUAAAGAGAAUUCACUCCUGAAACCUCUGCUGCGUG